UAGUAAGCCACUGUUCUCUUUGUACAUCCGGGGUUUGGUUGUUUGGUUGUUUGUAAGAGUUAGCUUCUUAGCUCGCUGCUCUCCUGCUCUCCUGCUCCUCUUGCCCUCUUGCCCUCUCUGGGAUCUUAAGUUACACACCAUGCCUAAAAAGAAGCGCAGACUCCUGUUGGGAACUCGUUACGCCAGACGCAAGAGAUUGUUGCGCAGUACAGAGUCUGCAGAGGAGGCAGCUAAGCGUCUUGAGGACAAUUGCCAGAGAAUGAGACAGUGGAGGUCAUCGCAGCUGCCCCAGGCUACAGCUGAGCGCCGUGAGGAUAGUCGGCAGAGAAUGAGACGGAAGAGGUCAUUGGAGACGCUCGUGUCUACAGCUAAGCGACGUGAGGAUAGCCAGCAGCGAAUGACACGGAAGAGGUCAUUGGACCAACCUGAGGCUACAGCUGAGAACAUUCGUCAGCGAAGGACCAAGGCCAAGUCAUUGGAGCUGCCAGGGGCCACAGCUAAGCGCUGUGAGGAUAGCCAGCAGCGAAUGACACGGAAGAGGUCAUUGGACCAACCUGAGGCUACAGCUGAGAACAUUCGUCAGCGAAGGACCAAGGCCAAGUCAUUGGAGCUGCCAGGGGCCACAGCUAAGCGCUGUGAAGAUAGCCAGCAGCGAAUGACACGGAAGAGGUCAUUGGACCAACCUGAGGCUACAGCUGAGCACCAUGAGCACAUUCGUCAGCGAAGGACCAAGGCCAAGUCAUUGGAGCUGCCAGGGGCCACAGGUGAGAAACCAUAUGACUGCUCAAACUGCAAUAAGCGAUUCUCCCAUAUCAGCAGUAAGAAGUGUGUGGGUGCAGAACCUCCCAAUGGCAUCACUCAAACAUCAAUCAAACCCCCCCCACCCACCACCCGGACCACACCGGUCGUCAUUUCUCUGGCCCGCGUGUUUCUUAAAGAGGAGACUGAACGCAAACCCCUCCAGGAGCAACUCCCCGUCACCCAGAUAAAAUCCACCUCACCCACCACCCAGACCACACCGGUCGUAAUUGCUCCGGCCCGCAUGAUUCUUAAAGAGGACACUGAAAGCAAACCCCUCCAGGAGCAGCUCCCCGUCACCCAGAUCAAAUCCCCCUCACCCACCACCCAGACCACACCGGCCGUAAGUUCCUCGGCCUGCAUGAUUCUUAAAGAGGACACUGAAAGCAAACCCCUCCAGGAGCAACUCCCCUUCACCCAGAUAAAAUCCACCUCACCCACCACCCAGACCACACUGGUCGUAAUUGCUCCGGCCCGCAUGAUUCUUAAAGAGGACACUGAAAGCAAACCCCUCCAGGAGCAGCUCCCCGUCACCCAGAUCAAAUCCCCCUCACCCACCACCCAGACCACACCGGCCGUAAGUUCCUCGGCCUGCAUGAUUCUUAAAGAGGACACUGAAAGCAAACCCCUCCAGGAGCAGCUCCCCAUCACCCAGAUAAAAUCCACCUCACCCACCACCCAGACCACACCGGCCGUAAGUUCCUCGGCCUGCAUGAUUCUUAAAGAGGACAAUGAAAGCACACCCCUCCAGGAGCAACUCCCCGUCACCCAGAUAAAAUCCCCCUCACCCAGCACCCAGACCACACCGGUCGUAAUUUCUCUGGCCCGCGUGUUUCUUAAAGAGACUGAACACAAACCUCUCCAGGAGCAACUCCCCGUCACCCAGAUAAAAUCCACCUCACCCACCACCCAGACCGCACCGGUCGUAAUUGCUCCGGCCCGCAUGAUUCUUAAAGAGAAGACUGAAAGCAAACCCCUCCAGGAGCAACUCCCCGUCACUCAGAUCAAAUCUGAACCUGUGGAAUACGAGUGCAAGCCUGUGAUGGCGGCACCCGCAACUUCAUCUGGUACCAACGGAGUGAUGAACGGAGGGACGGUACACCCAGCUCUUGUUCCAGCUACAACCCUGCCUCAGGGUGUGGCUUUGUCCCUACCAAUAGUCAGGGCGCCCAUGAGCAUCAAUCUGAACGUCUUGCAAAAUGUGCUCAAGUUGGCAAUGAGCGAAAACGUGCUUAGGCAGGUGCUGGGCACAGCUAACGGCGUGGUGACGCAGGGGAAGCAGGGAAUUGUCCAGAGGCAGAUUGUCAACCCGCCAGUCUUAGUGGUUCAUAACGGCACCAAGAAGAUCAUCAUCAAGUACAAGAUCAGACCUGCAGCCGCCACCACUGCCACUACCCAGCCUAUACCGCUUUUUAUUAGAACCAAUUUUGUUCCCCCUCCCACUGUCACCACUGCUGCAGCCCCCACCCCCACCAAGAUAGAUAAACCCUCAACUCCAGAGGUGACCGACCUCUCCAUUGUAAAGGCAGAGCCAGAAUCAGUUGCUGUUACACAGACACAAAUGACUUCAGACCCCCCAACAGCUCAGAUGCCAAAAGUCAACAGCACCAGUACAUGUUUACUAUGCGAUGAAUGUCCCGACAACUUGGAAGCGUUGCACCUCCUCCAGCACUACAAAGCAGCCAACGGGGAGGCCAUUGACUCCGCCGCUUUGGACCCCUCGUUUGCUGGUCUGCUAAGUGGGGCGGGGGUGAUGCUGGAGGAGCCACCUGUGGACGACGUCCUCUCACUCCUCAAGACCUACUUCGCCUCCAAUGCCAACCCCAGCGAAGUGGGGCUGACAAAGAUCUCAGAGUCCGUCAGUAUUCCCGUGGAUGUGGUCAGAAAGUGGUUUGCAAAGAUGAACUCUGGGAAAAAUGUGGGCAAAUACCGCAAUAAAGCUACAGCGGUUUGCAAAAAGACUGAAAACACAAAUUCCAGCUCAGAGGACUUCUCGAGUCAGAAUGGAGAUUCAUCAGAAUCUGGCAGCGCUUCUCCGUCAGACUCUUCACCUAUAAGCCUCAACACCGAAGACCUCGUCAUCGUUAAGUGCGAGCCAGAAGACCCAGACUUCCCGAACUCCAAGGCCGAUCUGCUUGACCUCUCCCUUCCUAAACAUAACGCAGCAUCAUUGGAAACGACCACACCUCCCGCCAAGCAGCAGGAACAGCCCCUGACCUGCCUGAGGAAGGAGCAGUUGGAGGGUCGAACCAUCUACGUCACCACGCCUCAGACCGGAAAAACUGUCAACAUCGUCGCCGCUGCACAGCUGUGCACAUUAGCGGCCAUUGCUGGUCAAGGCACGGUGGGCUGUCUCAGCGCCAUUAACACCACGACAAAACGCCCCAUCCUCAGCCCCCAGCUUACCUACGUCUACGUCACUACAGCCGGCAACGUCAGUGGAGCAAAUGUACUGAACAGCAAUAAGCACGAGAAGAGGCUGGACAGAAGCUCUGACGGCGUCUCGGAGCUGAUUGACCCAGAAACGGCCGCACUGAUGAAGAAGCAACAGCUGAAAGACCGCACCGUCUACCGGUGUGACGUUUGCCCCAAAGUCUUCCGCAACUACUCUGUCCUGCUCAGGCACAAAUAUGAACACACAGGUAAACGGCCCCACCAGUGCAACACCUGCAACAAGGCCUUCAAACACAAACACCACCUGGUCGAACACACAAGGACACACUCCGGAGAGAAACCCUUCCAGUGCAAUAGGUGCGAUAAGCGAUUCUCUCACUCUGGCUCAUACUCCCAGCACAUGAAUAAACACUCUGACUACUGCUGGCUAAACUCUGGCUCGGGUUUGGGGCCACGAAGGGUUCAGUCGGAGCUCGGCAGCCCCGGCGCUGUAUUACAGUCAGACGGUCGGACCACAUCCCCGCCCUCCCAACAAGACUCAGACAAGAAGGAGACUGUGGGGGAAGAGGCGGAAGGAGAGAAGGUGGACGAGGAGUCAUUUAGUGAUGUGAUGGAGAUCGUGGUUGGGGAUGAACACAUGGUGGCGGACGAAUAGAUGGAGGAAACAAUUGAAGAAAAGGAGGACAUGUGCAGAUACAGAGGAAACUGCAAACUGUGAAGCGAAUACGGAUAAAAGCCUCAGGGAGGGGUCAGACAGCGUCGAACCCACAGAGGAGGAGGUGACAAAUGCCAAAUAGAGGAUGGAAAAUGUCUUCGGGACAGCGCGAAUGUCUCGCUUAUUGAAGUUGAGUUCAUUAAGACAAAACCGCAGAAAAGUAAAAGAAAGUCACGGCGGUUGCCUGAUCUUAACGGUCCACUACUGUGUACAAAAACCCAGGUGUGCCUGAACUUGAAUACAGAAAAAAACAAAACAAUUACUUUUUUUCUUGUGGUAAUGAAAUAUCAGUGUUGUUUUAUAGAUUUUAAAGCAGAACUCACCCAUCAACUUGUUACUGAGCCAUCCCAGUUUUUCUUUAUUAUUAUUCAUUUUCAUCAGGUCAGGUAAAGAUUCAAAAGUAUUAUGUCCCUCUGUUACUAACACGAGACCCAUAUUGACCAAUGUUUGUCGACUUGCACACAACAGCUAAUUUGUCACAAUUACUGAAAGAUGCUUCCUGUGAAAGGUGCUAUACAAAUAAAGAUGAGUUGAAAUUAAUUGGAAUAUUUUCAAGGCCUAUAAAGUAUUUUGGACCACACAGGAAAGCUGGGAAACUCAGUAUUAGGGCUUCAACUAACAAACUAUCAUUUUGUUUGAUUAAGUCUAUAAAAUGACAGAAGAUAGUGUAAAAGGAACGAUUUAAUUUCCCAGAGACCAAGAUGGGGCCUUCAAAUGUCUUAUUGUGUCUGAACAGAAAUCUAAAACCCAAAGAUGUUCAGUUCACAAUUAUAAAAAAACAACAACACAAAAGCGACAAAUCAAAUGAAUGUUUUGCCAUUUUUGCUUGAUGAAUGACAGAAAUAAUUCAGCAGUUAUCAAAGAAAGCUGCUGCUUAUUUUUGCAGAUCAACUAACUGAUUGACUCAUAAUUUCAGCUCUAUAUAGUAUAUCUUAAAAACGCUUUUGGUCCUGAUAGCUAUAGUUGCAUAUUUUAUAAGACUUUUAAUGUUUGGAAGCGGAGGAAUGGGUGUGGAACCAUUGAGAAAUGCAGUCCAGACUGCAUAUCUCUGGCUUAUCUGUGCCUUUUUAAAAUGUUUUUAAAAAUGUGAGUUAAUAUGUUGGACUUGUUGGAAUGUCACAAGUCCGAAUUUUAAUAAUGUUUAGAAACAGAAAAUAUUGUGUUAAGGCAGAUUGAAAUAUUCAAAGCUUAAAAACAUGCAGGCAAUGUCCUCCAACUCUGGAAGAAAUCUACAAUAUACAAAACCAAGAUUCAAGUAAAAUGAAGAACAGAAGGAUUUUAAAUUCAGCCAAACUGGUGCACUUGUAUUCAGAUGGUAAAAAAAAAACUUGUGGCAAGCUGUCCCACACUUCAGGUAACAGGAAUGUGGUCUCUUUAUGUGUGACCUCUGUAUUAUACUGCCAUUGUUGGAAAAAGUGUGUGUGAGUGUGCCAGUCAGGCCUUGCCUUGCCACAGACCUUGAAUAGUGUAUUUAAUAACUAGGUCUAUGCAUUGAAAGAACGUGAUCUAUGCUCAUUCAGAAACGUGGACAUGACUGAUUUAUGCAACAGAGAAGGUCAUACCAUUUAUGCUGUAUGAGAAAGUAGGAUGGUCCUCAGUAGCAACGGGAAGAGAACUUCACACUAACAUUUGUUUAUAAAUGUAUUUUAUGAAAGCUGCCUCAGUACAUCACAUCUUCUCUAGUUUGAAACUACUGUUCAGAUCCCAAGACUGGCCAACUGUUGACACCCCACUAGUGAAUACUGAACUUGGGCAGACUUCCGUUCAAGCAAUGUCUCAUCCCAUUGGAUGAAUAGAAGCUUUUCAUUUUGGACUUUUUUAGAUUGUUUCUGAUGCUUGUGUGUCUUCUCUGAUCUAUUUCUCCUGCUGUACUCAGGUAUCUCUCACAAUAGAGAUCUUGAUCUCAAUGAGAUUAUUAAAUAAAGGUUAUAUUUUUUUCUUAAAGUG